CGGGUGGGAAAAGUGGAAGUAGUUGUUAGGGUUUAGUUGAGCUCAAUGGAGGAUGAGCGUCGUUUGAUGCUCAUCCUAAACCACUUAUCUACGAACAUCGUAUUUGACGCCUCUAGGAUGCAAUGAAAAUUGAAAGCAAGAAUCUUCUAGUCCCUCACAACGUAUUAAGUACAGGUACAAGAACGAAGAAGAUACAAAUAUGUCCUGCUUCAUGUCCUUGUAGAUCAUUUUGGUCCUCUUCUAUACGUGAGGUUCUGAGGUCCUCUCCGUCUACUAUCGACGUCGCGCCGCACGCGCACUAUCACGACAGGCUUGCUUCUUCCAAGAAAAACGAGUAAAAUCUUAACGGGCACCUGUUUGACAACUACAUCGACCGAUAGCAAUAGCACCGACAAGCGGCCAAUGCUAAGCAACAACAUCUUCGCAGUAGUACAACCACGCAAAUUAGUACAACGACUGUAUAAAAACGACUUCUAAUACGGAGCAGAUCCACGACACUAGACGUGCACGAUCCACGUUCCCACUACUCACCAUACAGAAGUACUCUCGGCUACCUAUACUACCUACUUUGCGAUAUCGACGAUAGUCCUCCAGACCAACUACGUACAGUGUGCUGUCAUCGACGUCAAAAAGCAAGUAUGAUUCCACAGUAUCUCCUUCUUCCGCAGAAGAUGCUUCUAAAACAGUCUGCUAGCAUCUCAAGGUCAACAUCGACUAUCUCAAGGGCAGAUGCCCACUAAUUAUACGAACGUUAGGCCGAAAACUAUUGGCGCCAAGAGGUGGCCGGAUCAUUCGCUUGCGUCUUUAUGACUCUUGAACUUGGUUAACUUUCAUCCAUUCAUCGUUUCAUUCUCUCCCUAGUGUAGUUUAAGGCUAGACUGGAAGAAAUGGAAUCUGUUUUUACAGGUUAAACUCUUAAUCAUGAGUCCUAGAAUGGAACGUGUUACAGGUUAAACUCCUAGUCAUCAAUCCUAAAGUACUCGCACUAAAAAUGAUUGACGACAUUCUUUAAGAUCACGCGGUAGCUCACAGGAGGGGGUGGAUUGCAAAGGGGUGGAGUCAUUGUCAGUGGCCGACUUUGAAGUUGUUUCGUCGACAACCAUCUCCCAAGAACACGGCUAUUUAAGACGAAAAGAUAGUACAACGGGUACUCUGUCUGAUACUUUGCAAUCUUUCUUGCUUCAAGGACAAUCUCGUCCCAAGAGUUGUCAAAUGGUGUCAACUCGGAAUACAUAGUGCGUGGUAAGAGUUUUCACGUUUUUUAGUAGACAGCUACAACAUGGAUCAUGAUUGCCGCUUCGAGUUUGAAGAUUUUUUGUUGCCCUUCAAGGAAUUUCAAUUUUUUAUGUUUAUCCUCGAACAAAAUAUACAUAGGUACAACAGGCAGUUUAAAGUCCCCGGAGCGGAAUCAACAGGCAAGAGAGUCACAGGGGGACCACGUCGUGGGCAAAAAAAGCGCCGCCGAGGCUUUGGUGACGGUACUUUUGUUUGAAAAUACUAGUGCGUAUUGCAUAAAGUUUGACUAAAAUAAACUCCUGGAGAUGUAGUUCUUUGAGCCGAUGGUUAUUGUUUUCAGAAGCCUUUUUGUCCAAGCGAAUGCAUUACACGACUUCGAUACUGGCUGCAGUCGCACUUCCUUCCUCGAGAGCCUGGUGCCUUUUCUUCUAUUCUUUCUUCUACAAAAACUUUCUGAUCUUGCCUCCUUCCACCUCUGCCACAACAACAUGCUAAUACUUUCUGCUUUCUUGCCUACUCGACAAGCAUCAAGCUCAACCAUGCCAGCUGCUGCGACAAUUUCCACAAAAUUACCUGCUUCAUGAAGAUACUAUCGCUCCAGGCACUGCGUAAAGUAUUUGAUUGCCUGAGUCCUCAUCUCCUACUGCGUGUAUAGGAAAAUAGUCAAAUUCCUAUAAGAAGCUAGUCCAUACUUGCAAACUCGCCGAUUUUACUUCCAGGCUCCGGCGACAAGUACUGAAAAUAUAAGUACUUACGAAGAUAGUGUCACACUGUAUACAAGGAUAAGAUCUUACUCUUCGUGAUCAGAUCUAAACCCAUCACUCUGUAUUGUAGUUUACUUGGCUUUACGUGAUCCGUAGAAGAGAUUUUCAUACGCGUUAGAAAAAACGCAGGAUUAUGAUGCAUGAGAUCACAAUAAGAAGAAAGAUCAUAAUGGAGAAGAAAAUGGAGUAGCGAAGAUCAAAGAGCAAAAGAAGAUCCAAGAUCACAACAUGAUAAAAAGCAUGACGAUCGUCCCCAAAAGAGGGAUCCUUGUUUUCCGUUGUAGCUCAUGAAAUACCACAGCGAAAUACCACAGCUGGUUCUACUUAAUACAAAACUUAAACUUAUUCUGAGAAAUAUCUCACUUCACCUUGAUUCAUAUAUUACUUCGAAAGAUCUUAGUCCUUCCUCACUAUCUACCUUAUUAUUUAAUCCAUCUCAAACCAAAAGCAGGGGUGGGGAUAAUUGUUUUGGCUUGGUUUUGACUUCUCUAAUCCUUCGAUUAUAACGUAGCGGUUAAAGUAACUUUUAUGAUUUAGUUCGUCUUCGUUGUGCCAUGAUUUGCUAACGCGAUUACCUUCUAUUUGAUUGCCCAUAUUUUAGAAAUUGCCUUGUUUUGUCCCUCUGUCUGACCGACCUAACCUCUAGACCUUUAUAGCCUAUCUACACCUUUUUUUACAGCCACCAUUCAGUAAACUUAUCAUGGACCUGACUCCUUCUACAAGAUUUAAUCUUACGGUCGUAGUCUCCCAUUUCUUGUCACUAGUACUAUAGAAGACCCGAUACUUCUCCUGUAUCCCUAUCAUCUCAGUCCUAUCAUAUUGACCUCGCCUAAAGUACUACCUAUAUCGAAAUCGCCCACUGUAAUGAAAAUUAGAAGUGCGUUAAUUUGCUGUCUCUGUUAAAGAAAUACUCCCGUGAAUACCUGCUCUUUUUUGAUACUGGCUUUUUGAUGCAUGCCAUACUCCCUGUGAAUAGAAACCAACCUGUAAGAACUCGAUAUUGAUGAAUGGAUUAUCUAAGGUAGAAGAUACUGUGAUGACCGCCGACACCUUGUUGUAAUAUCAGGACUCAGGACGACGAACUACCAAACUCCUCAGGUAACGUAUAAAAUAUAUUUGUUCCCACGCAACGUACAAGCACUAGAAUGUCUCUCCCGCUUAUCAUUCUUUCAAGUCCUAAUGAUUUGUUGCCCUCGAUCUAGCUAGUAGCCAGGACCACCCGUGAUACAGAGUUUGAUGAUUGAUCUUCGACAACCCAAGACGACAUCUAGUGCAAAGACGUAUCUUUGGUUCGAGCCCGUAAUAAGAAUGAUUAUGCUAAUAUUUACAUGCCCAGAAAGCGGGCCCAUCAAGGGCCCGCUGCGCUGGGCAUAGGUUAACAACUAGACAGGUUGACUACUAAGAGACAGAAAGACAAACGAAAAAAGUCGCCAAGGAAGUCUGCUCGCCAAGGCUGGGAAGCUGGCCCCCACUGUGGCGAGGCUAGUGAGGAGGUUACCGCUAUGGCUACUGCCUUGGCCAACUUGCUUGCUAGGGGCAAGCCAAUGGGCGCCAAGGCUGGCCCGCUGAGCGUCAUGGAGUCCAUGAGAAGGCCACGCUUGGACAUAUGUAGGCGCAGAGGUUGGGCCCUUUUGAGUGUGAUCAUGUCCAGGAGAAUCCUAAAGCAUAGCAUACCCAUGGGAUGGCAAAAGGCUGACACUGGCGAGCGUCAUGGACGAGGCCCAUGAGAAAGCCACGCUUGGGCAUAUCUAUGCGCAAAGCCAGAAGCUGGGCCCCAACCUUCAGGCGCGGGGAUGUGUCUAUAAGGUUGGCUCUUUCAUGGACAUGACGCAAGACGCCCACCACGGUCCGCGCCGGCCUCAGACAUGCAAUUGCCCAAAGUUAUCAUUCUCACACACAGGCAUCGACGUCCUCAGCCUUCAGCCUUCACCGACGGAGAUGCAUGCGCCUGGCCUUCUCAUGGACAUGAUGACGCCCGCCAGGGUCCACCCUUAUCUACUUUUUCACAGACAUCGGCAUCCCCAACGGCUUCGACUUUCACAGGCAAAUCUGUAUACCUUUGGCCCUCUCAUGGAUGUGAUGACGCUCACCAGGGUCCACCCUUCAGACACGCAAGUGCUCAAGGCUAUCACCCUCACAGACAUCGACAUCCUCAACAGCUUCGACUUUCAAACGCAGAGACGUACAUCUUUGGCCUUCUCAUGGAUAUGAUGAUGCUCACCAGGGUCCACCCUUCAGCCAUGCAAGUCCGCACGGCUAUCAUUCUCACAGACAUCGACAUCCUCAACGGCUUCGACUUUCAAGCGCGAAGAUGUAUACCUUUGGCCUUCUCAUGGAUGUGAUGACGCUCACCAGGGUCCACCCUUCAGGCAUGCAAGCUCUCACGGCUAGGGCUAUCAUUCUCACAGACAUCGACAUCCUCAACGGCUUCGACUUUCACACACAGAGAUGUAUGCUCUUGGUCCUCUCGUUGAUAUGAUGACGCUCACCAAGGUCCACCCUUCAGACAUGCAAGUCCUCACGACUAUCAUACUCACAGACAUCGACAUCCUCAACGGCUUCGACUUUCAUGCGCAGAGAUGUAUAUCUUUGGCCUUCUCAUGGAUAUGAUGAUGCUCACCAGGGUCCACCCUUCAGACAUGCAAGUCCUCACGGCUAUCAUUCUCACAGACAUCGAGGCAACAUCCUCAACGGCUUCGACCUUCACGCGCAAAGUUGCACACCUUUGGCCUUCUCAUGGAUAUGAUGAUGCUCACCAGGGUCCACCCUUCAGACACGCAAGUGCGCACGGCUAUCAUUCUCACAGCCAUCGACAUCCUCAACGGCUGCGACUUUGAAGCGCCGAGAUGUAUGUCUUUGGCCUUCUCGCGAAUCAAUAUGAUCACGCUCGUCAGCCUCUACCUUUUCAAGUGCUCACCCUCUCCCUUACAAUUCUCCCGCUUUUGUGCUGGUUAGAAGUAUACUGGUCAACCAUCUCCAAGGGCUGCCGCGCGCUCCUGUGCCGUGGUCGAUUGCUGUGCGCGGAAGGUAGUCGCGGAAGGGGAGCGAGCUAACUUUUUUCCAAAAACUUCAGGGAGGUCGUUCAGUUUUCUCUGUAUUUGAAUGACCUCCCUGAAGUUUUUCAAAAAAAGUAAAGGCGCUGGGCGAUAUAUGACAAGGGUAGCGGUUGGAAGUUCGUUGGGGCGAUUCGCUAGGGGUGGGCGCGUAGUGUCUUGCUGCGGAUGUGGCUGGUGUACGUGAGUAGCCUACAAACUAACAGCCGCGAACACGUUAGCACGUUCUUGACACUUUUGAACUCGUAGUACUAGCAAGGUCCUUAAGGAGCCGUUGUUAUUAGCCCAAGUUUAUAACAGCUUGUCCUUAAGGGACCUCCUUAAGGGAAUUUUUUUCCUCUUAAGGAAAGUCAUAAUAACUUUGUAUAAUAAAAAUUCCUUAAGGAAACUGAUUUCCUUAAGGAAGCGCCUUAAGGAAGCUCCUUAAGGGAGCUCCUUAAGAGAUUUCUGCCCAUUGCUAAUACUAUAAAUACUAAUAUCGCGCAUUUUUUUUUCAUGUUCUUGUUCUUGGGUAUGAGUUGUUUACAGGUUGUUUAGGAUUACCUCCUCUCUGAGUCAGUCCAGCCUGCCUCUGCCUGAGUGGCUGCUACUGUCUUAGUACCUGCUCCUGUGGUCCGAGUUGUAAGUACCUUCUAGAGUCUAGUAGCGGUAUUAACGCAAGUCCUCCUCAGUACCAGUAGUAAGUAGAAAAUCCUUCUCCCGUGAUCCCUCUCGUGAUAUUUUGGGGUAGGUGUCAAGAAAGAUUCGUUUCGUUUUUCAUUUUCGUACUUCUAGGUGGUAAAAAAAACUACAGCACAAGCUGACUAACGAACCGUUUCUGUCAUUCAAGCACGACCGUCUGACUUGUUAUUGAGAUUUGUACCCGCACAUCAACACUAGUUCUUGUUGUGGAGCAUACAACUAUUAAUUUAGUAGAAUCUAUUCUCGCAUGUAUUGAUACUGAUCGAAAGACUUAAUGUCCACGUUUACUUGUUGUGAAGAAUUUGUAAUGAAGCAUAGGCUGAUCAUCCCGUGCUUUCCCGAGGUCGUAUAGGUUCACGAGCAAGGUAAUCAGUGGACCUUGUCUCAGCUGUGCCCAACCGAAGUAGCUCACGCUGUCGAGUGAAGCUAUACCUAAUCUUCGCCACGCCGUCGCACUUAGCGUCCUGGCCGAAGCGAGAAACCCUUGAACUUGAACUUGAACAACUAUAUUCUUAUCGAGAUAAACUAUAACCUCGUUUCUAUCGUCGGAGCCACUAAGCUGCCAUUGCUUGCACCAGGAGCUUGCUACAUUACGUAUGCAACAAACUAGCUGACCUACUUGCAACUGUGUAAUGCUGAUCAUAGUAGUGCAUAGAGUUUCUUAAGUCAUAUGCCUAAGGCGCCCUUAAUUCCAUCUCGAACGAAUCAGAUAUAGUUGCAAGAAAGAAAAACAAAAACUAUUGCAGGUACUUACACCACUAAAUAGAACGUAAGAAUCAAAAAGUGCGCCAUCUAUCAUAGUCUCGUAGGUACAAGUCUAAGUUCUUCAUCUUCUUCUGAAGAGAAACUGCCUAAUAUAUCCUCUGCUAAGCUAGUUGGAACAAGGAUCGUCGCGUUCUUUCGUUUGCUUUCUUUUGCCCUUCAGAACUAUUUCUACCAUUCUCAAGCUAGUAAAAGAAGCGCCUAGCUAGAAGACUCUGAUAGAGUUCCAAAUACUUAAGAGAAUUCUUGGAGUCUACUUCUUUACCCUCUGGAGUACUUCUCAAGACUGCUUUUCCCUCUCGAGGAGUACUAAAAACCUCUUCGCGACAAGUGAAGGAAUCAAGAACCACGUUUUUCUUGAUCUUUCUUCUUGACACGACUUUCUGUCCGAGUGGAUUUCUAUUUGAUACUCUGCUUCCCCGUCUCUCCUGUCCCCGGCUUUUUACUCCGCUGCAGGGUCCUUUACAAGCGCAGAGAUAGAGAAGAGAAGAUGUUGGGGCAGCACGGCCACUCGUCUUCUAAAAAAGGGUCGGGAGGUACUCCCUCUCGAAAACAAGAACAGUCUGAAGGACACGCAAUGCAAGAAACGCAAACUACUACGGGACAAGAUCCAGCAUUACCAGGAGGAGAUCUAGUUGUAUUACAACAUCAAGCUCCUAAAACUUCAGCUCUUGAUCUACUGGUACAAGAUUUUCAUAUCGACAGUUCAAGAAGUACAACCGCCGGCGGUGGGAGUGCUACUCCCUCCACUAGUGCUGGCGGCACGACUUGGUGGAGCUGGGUGACAAAUUCGACACAGGACACUAGUUGUAGCACGUCUAAGUUCAUGCAGGAACAGGGUCAGACGCUUUUUCAAGAUGAUCACAAUAGAAGCAGUACUGGGCACUCCACAACGCCUUCUUGUGAACACAAGAAUGCUGAAAGUCGUGCCUCGAGAUUACGGAAUUUGUGCCGAACUAUGUUCACCAGCAUGCGAGCGAAUCCUCUUAAAACGGAGCAUCAUCAUGAAACUUCAGCAUCACAAGACGAUGCUGAAGAAGAAAAAGUCGAAUAUUAUGUUGGAGAAGAUGAAAACGAAGACUCCUUGAAGAUUCCCUCUCCCAUGCGAGGACCGAAGUUGCUGAGAACCAGAUCCUUGAAGUUCUUCGAUGAGGUCGAAAACACGCACCUGCAGAUGAGGAUUGCACAACAAGGGCAUCAAGGUCAUCAAGGAUCUUCUUCUAAGAGUCCACCUGGUGAGUCGAGAUAUGCGCCUAAUCCAAUGCUUCUUCCUGUAGAGCACGCUCAUCCACUUCCUCCAGGAAAUAAGCCACAUCGUGUGAUAAGUGUGUCCUCUUCUUCAUCCUCUUCCAUGUUUCGCACUGCGAGUAACGGCUCUACUUCUGCACUGGUUAAUAUCAGCCCUGGUGCGACGCGGCUCGCGAGGACCUCGACGACCACGGGUUCGAUCCGGAAGGAUUGCAAUAUACUCGUCGUUGCAACUACCCCUGCUAGUGGUGGUGCUGUGGAUGUUGAUGCAGCUUCAGCUACUGAGUCCAGUUCCAGUAAAAAUGUUGUCACAUCAGGAGCUGCUAGUUGUUCAUCCAGCGAGGCUAUUGUUCCUCCUGCUGUCGAAGACGUGGAGGACGUGGAUCAAAGCACAACAACAAUGGUGGAUCGUCCUCGCACCGAUAGUGAAAAUCAUGCAGAACUCGUGAAAACCUUAUCUGUGAUAUCAAAAACUACUCGCGACGGAAAAAGGAUGCUUCCUUCCGCACCAUCUACGAGCAUCAGCGUUCAUCAUGCAGCCACUUCGACUUCUUCUAAGAGGACUAAAAGGGGGCAAGAAAGAAAUGGCAAGAAUUAUAAGGAAGCUUCUAAAACAACUAGUUGUACUAGUGUUGCUUUUGCUUCUAGUCCUAGUACUGCGAGGAGCAACAAAAAGGUAGGAGACUCUAGUACAACUUCUACAUUGAUGUCUCUGGCGGAGAAAAAAGAGGGACAAGGAAAACAAGGUGAGGAAGACGCACAGAAGUCGAGAGGACAAGAAAAGUUUCGACUUGUAACAUCCAAGGGAACUACGACGAUCAAUUCCGAAGUAGAGCUAGAGCAGCCAGGUGUUACAGCCGCAAAGAUUGCCAGUGCUCUUUCUCUUUUUUCCCGGAAAACGUCAGGUUGUCAAGAGCGCGGACGUCAACGAGGGGGCGCAGACCACUGCACGUCCACUUCUUCUUGGACUUGUAAUAGUACGAGUGGCAAGCAACAGCAAGCUUCAAAAGGAGGCACUACUAGCAGCACUACUAGGAGCUCGACUAAGCCAAGGAAGAAGAAGAACUACCUUGUCGAGAACUCAACAUCCAGUACGGUUCUAUCGCCGUUCUUUUUAUCGUCGUCGAUAGACGUUCCGGAAGAUCAUGACCGCGAAGAUGACAUUAUACACAAAACAAUCAUGUUUUUAGACGAUGCAGAUUAUGUACGUGGUCCUCGUGAAAGAACUGAUGAAAGUGGAGUAGCUAAAAAGGGCAAGAAGAACGAAGGUCUUAUUGCUACUAAGGAAAGUGGAGACCACGACAUCGUAAAGGGCAAGAACACGACAAGUAAUAAUUCUCGUGCUGCUGGACCUCGAGGAGAAAAAAUAACUUCGACUAGUAAAAAUAUUGCUGGAAGCUCAAGGGACAAUACUCGAAGUGGCUCCAUGUCAAUGAACAAUACGCAUACUCCGCAUACCGGUGCUUCGACGAGCAAGAGCAGAACGACUUCUGCGGCAGAAGCAGGAAAGGGAAGCAAGAGCACUUUGGGGACUUCUGCCACACCAGGAAGACUUCUACCAGGAGAAGAGGAGAAGGAGAAGGCGGAGCAGGAAAACUAUAAGGGAAAGAAGGGAACACGUCGCCAACAUAGAGGAAGCAAAGACGUCAACAAGAGCAGCCGCACCCCUAGUGAAACCAUGUCGAAGAACGAAACAAUGUCGAUGAUCCACGAGUGGUGUAGGAAGAAUCAUAGUAGAAGUCGAAGCUUUGCUAAGAUGAAAGGAGUCGCUCUUUUGCAGUUAGAACCGAUGCUUGCUGGGCAACUGCAGACCGACCAGAACGAGCCAGAUGAUAGUACAACAGAGGACAAGAAAAAUACCAGUGCUAGUUGUUGCGACCUCAUCAUCGAACAUGUGAUAGAAGGGCGACUGGGCGGCAGAGAUCCCUCCACGUCUUUUCUUGGGCUACAAGGCAAAGCUAGACUUGACCCUUCACGCAAACACCAGUUCGGGACACAGUAUCACGGUGGCAAAGAGCGCAAUUGGUCUCAAGAAGGCAAAGCUUCUAAAGGAUCUGGGAAGAUGAACAGCAGUGAUCUGGCUCGUGAUUCCAAAGGAUCGGGAUCUGCUUCAGAAGGAAAGAACGACAAAAACAAAUCUGCUACUUCAGCAGCGUCGUCUCCUUCAAUGACGCUCAACAGCACUCCUCAUAGUAGUACGAGAACUUCUGCGAAAGCUAAACAAGGACACCUUUCUCGAUCUCCUACACCAAAAGGAAGUCCGCAGACGCGCAGUCUUCGUUCGUCGCCCACUCGCUUCCCUCCGAUACAAGAAGAAGGACAGCCCGAUGCGGGGAAGGGAAAAAACCAAGGCCAAGGCGCUUCUUCACCUCAGAAUCAGACGAGCAAUGUCUUUUGUCUCGCUGACAUGCUAGAUUGCAGCUCUUCUGCUACUAAUACUUCUAAGAAAGGAGCUCCUUCGCCUCGUCCAAGGAUGGAAUCUUCUCCGCCGCCUCCGCCACCCUAUGAGGCGUCGCCUCAAUUGCCACCUCUACUUGGUCCUCUAACCUCUGCUUCUAAUAUAGGCGGAGUGCCUUUAUCAGGAGGGCAGUUAGGAAUGCCAACGCCUUUAGCAGGAGGGCAGUUAGGAAUGCCAACGCCUUUAUCAGGAGGAGAAUUAGGGUCAUUAGGAUUGCCUCCACCUGCUCCAGGAGAAUUGGCAUUAGGAUUGCAUCGACCUGCUCCAGGAGAAUUGGCAUUAGGACUGUAUCCACAGCGAAUACCUCCAAAUCCGAAUCACGGAGAUCAAGACUCUGAGGUAGACGAGUCUGUCUCUUUGCUGCUAAAAAACUGUGCUCCAUUGCCGCCUUUAGAUACGCCUACUCUGUCGCAUCAACAAAUUCCUCACAGCUCUACUUGCUUUCCACCUCCUCUUCCUGGUCGUAUGCUGUCUUCUACUACUGCAAUGCCGUCCUCGGCCUUGUUGUCAAUGGUGUUGCCAUCCCCAUUGCCGUCAACUAUGCCUCAGCCACAGACUAUGCUACAGUCGAUGAUGUCUCAGCCCUCGGCUCCUGUGCUACCGCCAACGAUGUUGCAACCUGCAUCGACUAUGGUCGAGCCGCCCUCGGCAUCCAGCACGUUACAGGCCUCGAGGGAAGAUGCAGCUGGGCUCUCGACUGAAGAUGGAGUUGAGCCUCUAGCUUCUACGGUUCGCGGUUCGUCUCUUCCAGGCUCUCGUCCAGACUCGCUACAGAUGUGCGCUAACCAGGACCAAGACGUGCUGAAUCUGUUAGCGACCAUGUGUCAGGAUGAAGCAAGUUUGAAGCAUUUAUUGCAGAUUUUGCUAAACGGCAGUCUCCCAGCAAUUACAUUAUUCAAGAACCUCCAUCAAGAGUCUCUAUUUGCUGGUCUCCAACAAUCUCAACACCAGGAUCUGCAACCAGAGGUCGAAGCAGCUGCCAACGACAAAGUUCUUGCAGACGAGCCAAAAGGAGCUGACGAGGACGAUCGAGUAAAUAUAACCGCAUCCGACGAGGUGGAGCCACGAACUUCUUCUAGUUGUUCAGUCUCUACAGAGGUUCUUCCACAACUACAUUCUCAAGAAGAGCAGACUCAAGAGCAGACACGACAGGUAAAAACAUCAUUUUCUUCUCGCGCCACGUCGCCUAACACCAAAAAGCAACAACAAGGAGAAGAAGAAGAAGAAGAAAGUCCUUCUAGUACUCCUAAGUCUUCCGGUCGACCCGCUAAAUCCCCUAAAAAGACGAAGAAGAACAGAACCAGACGUCCCGCAAUUAAGGAAAAACGUAUACGUACAAAAGAUGACAAGGAAAUACACAGCGCCAUUCAAGAUCCUGCGAAGGAAGUAGAGGUGGAGACGCUCCAAGAAGUGACCAGUGGCCAAAGUGUCAGGGAAGUCAGGAUAUAUCCUAAGAAAAAGAACAGCAGUCGAGGAAAGUCUUUGUCUUCGCUGCUUUCUGGUGAGUCUCACGAACACCUGGAUGAAGAAUGUCUUGCACAACAAGCACAAGAAGAUGAAACUCUGGUACAAGAUGAAGAAUCUGCGUCCUCCUCUUGGGCAGGAGAGCACAUCAUGACCACGACUACCAUUACUCCAUCACAACAUCGUCCACGUGGACAAGACUUCGCGGCAAUGACACCUGCUUCGUCGUCCAAGAGCGGUUUUGCCCCUUACCCGCGUAAUAGUACUUCAGAACAAAUGGGUACUAGCACAUACACAUAUGCUGCUGCAGAGGAUGAUCUUCACCGACACGCUAGCAGUGGAGCAACUUCUUCGUCUGGUACUUCCUCAGAUUCGCCAAGAAAACGGAAUCAUUCUACUAACAGCAAAGGCGGAUUUCAUAAUAAACAUCGAGGAUCGUCGAAGAACAAGGGAGCCAGUAGAACAACAUUGUCAACAAGCAGCUCUCCAUUAGGCGGUCCGGUAGCGGUUCAAUGGUCCUCCUCUAGUGGUCGUGCUGCGGUUGGAUCUGCUCCUGCUGGUGGGUCUUCAUUUUCUCUUGGAGUUUUUGGAAGACAAGAUUCAACUACGCCAAGCUCUUCUACUUCUAGAUAUGGAGGUGAACAACAACAACAUCAUAGUGCUACUGCUGCAGGAGGUCAUAUGACAGCAGCACACAAUACAGCACCAUACGAUAGCACCAGGAGAAAUGACAGCACUACACUAGGACAACUUGGAGGUCUACUAACGCAACCACAUCAAGCACCUUCACCUAGUACAACCGUACAAGGUAUAUUAAAUUUGACAGAUCAACAGCAGCGACAAGGUAUAUUAGAUUUGUUGCAGAAGUCAGUGAAAACAACCGCGAGUUCAACUUUAGCAGGACUUCCUGGCUCUUUAGGGAAUGAUCAACAUGUUGCAGAACUACCAUCGGAUUCCACCGACCCAUUAAUCGUCAAUGCACAUGCUGCUUUGUUGAAAGGGCAAUUGGUGAAGUUCGCGCAGCAACAGGCAGCAAAUGGAGGAGGACCGCUAAUACCUCCCGCACAGCUACAGCAACAACUUGUGAACAACCUUGGUGCCAGUACUGCUUUAUUGAAUAGUUUGUCUUCAAGCGGUGGAGGAGUUGGCGGAGGAUUGGGAGAUAAUAUUAGUUCUGGAGGAGUGGGAAACAAUUUGCUGAAUGAUCUUGCUAAAUCAGCGGCACUUCUUCAAGGUGCUGGAGGAAAUUCACAGAUUCCUCUUUUUGGUGAAACAACGCCGGGUGGAGGAGGUUCCUCGUCUUCGUCCUCCUCUGGUGUCCCAGCUAGUACUUCUUGUGAUCUUGGAGGGGGACAACCACAACUCGGAGGACUACAACUCGCUGCUCCAGGUGGAAUUCAUCCAGGAGGAGGAGGAGCUGCUCCAGUAGGAGCUUCAAGAAAACCGAGGACCCCAGCGCCACAACUAUCUCCAACAGGUCGUAUGAUGGAACAGCUCAUAGCCCAUGAUCCUUUGAACUUGAGCGAGGUACACCCUGACCGACCUAGCGCACCAGAACUUCCGUGGAAAGAAACGCUAGGCACAACAAGAGACGCCAUUGAGAUCAGACGAGAUCAGAAUGACGUGAAUUGGUUCGUGUAUCCACCAGGCCAUGCUGCGAUACCGGAAACUGCUACCACGAGUGCGGACAACUUGAAAUGCACGCCGAUUUGUUGGGGACAUCUCUUGACGACACAAGAAGAAGGUGGAGAGGAGUGCGAAGGCGAAGGUGAAGAGGAUCACAUCAGGGAGGAUCUGAGUGGAGGUGGCACCAUAAGUCGUCAAGCGAGUGGAUAUGGAGAGAGUGGAGCAACACCUCCAGUGGCAGAAGCAGGAACUACGUCGAGAGUAGAUCAACAACGGUCCUCGUCGGUGAUAAUAGAGAACAGUCCUGCGGGAAGAGGCGCCUCUUCUGCCGUUAGGGGAAGUCCAGCAAACAAGGGCUCUUUCGUAUCGAUGGGAAGCACUACAGGAGCAACAGGGACUAAUAAUCUUGGUCUUGGAGCUCAACUCCUUGCCGCACAGGCACAGCAAGGACAGUUUCUCCGCCAGCUUUCUCAGCAAGGGACGCCCCAAACGAAUCCACUGUCAAGUAAUCCACUAUCAAUGGCAACAGCCCUGUUGUUGCAGCAGAUGCAGCAAUUGGCCGCUAGCUCUACGAACACUAAUAUGACCACUACAGCUACUAGUACACCUUUCCUACCAGGUGGCCCUAGUAGUGCGACUCCCUCGUCCAGCACCUGUUCAGGUCGUCCCCCUUUAGCGCCUGAACCAUUAUUAACGUCCUCCUCUUCCAGUAGUGAACAUCUGCAUCAACGUGGAGGAGUGAGGACUGUGGACUUGCAGAGACUGGCAGAUGCUGUGAUGGAACAUUCUCCCUCAAAAAAAAUUGCAGCUGCUCGCCGUGCUGAGGGAAGCACAAGUAGUACACCCCAUAGUUGUAUGCAACAGCUUCAGGGUAGUGUUAACAACACGACCAAUAAUAGUAGCUGCUUGGUGUUGAAUACCAGCUGCUCUCGUAGCUCAUCGUCGACGUCAGGACCUUGCUUUAAUACUAGUAGUACGCCAGGAGGACAACUACUGGGAGGGGUCGGGCUGGGAGACUGUAUUCAUCCUUCCCCUGCUUGUAGUUCUAAAAGUGCUCUAGAACAACGACAGCUGAAUGCUUUGCUCGCUGAAGCGGCCAUGCAAGGUGCUGGACUGUUGCAGUUGCCGUCAUCAAAUACAGCAACUAGCAGUGGUACUCCUGGAGGGAGUAUGCAUAUUACAUCUGGAAUGAAUAUGAUGCAACCAACUUCUUCUAGUACAACUUGUACUUCUGGACAACUGACUUCAGCGCUAGGAGUACAGUCUUCACAGCAGGAGGAACAUCUGCACCAGUUAGAACAACAUCAACAAGGUGGAGUUGGAACAACAGUGAUGGCCUCAUCGUCGACUGCGUCAAUGACAACUGCUCUCCGUCUUAGCCCUUUGAUGAUGAAUUCGACCGCGGCUUUACAGGGUUUGGGUUUGCUUUCAGGGCAGGCACACUCGGAAGCAAUUCGUGCGCAGCAGCAAGCGUUUCAGCUUGCAAAUAGUAAGGGUGCAAUUCCAAUUUAUUUUCUGGGAAAGUCAGGAGGUGGAGGAAAGUCCUCUACUUUCUCCAAAGAGGGCAAAGACUACGGCAAAGGAGGACAUUAUCAGCAAGACAAAGGACAGCACACAGGACAAUAUCCAGCUCAUCAUCUCCCAGAAUCUGGAGAAGAAAUGCCAUCGUCUUGUUUCGCAACAAACGGUCCCGUGUUGAUGGGAGCAGCCGCAGCAACUGAAAAAUAUCGAGGAAUACUUGCUGGCGCGUCUAAAAGCGGACUUCUUGGUUCUGCAAAUAGUGCACUUCCGAAUAGCCUGAGUGGAGAGUUUCGACUUCCCAAUAGCCUCACUGGGACACCAAUCUUAGGAACCACGCAUGCUGGCGAUCAUCAUUUGACUGCUAGUGCGGCAAGAACUAGUGCGUCCUCCAGUGUGGCCAGUACAGGCGGUGCCACGACACCCAUUACGUCAUCAAAACGAGGCAGCAAGAAGGGGGACAUAGGCUUAGGCUUUGGUUUUCCUCCGAGAGGAGGAGAGUACAAAGGUGCUGAGUACAAGAAGGGCGGAGACUACAACACUAAUACUCAUAGCACUAGCAAUGUCGAUUUUGUAAAGGGAGCAGAACAUAAUUUUUCUGGUGACCAAGGUGGUAAGCCCAUUAAAGGUGGAAAAGGAAAAGGCAAAAAAGGAGCAAUAAAGGGCCUCAACAAAGACGGAGAUCAACUUCAACAUCUUGGAGGUGGAAAAUCACAACCACAGCAUAAGGGUAAAAAUACUUCCGAGUUCUCGACUAGUACUUCUCAACAAAAUCCUGCUAAGGGUAAAACUCAUCAACUAGACCUGAAAGGCGCCGGCCGACAGCUUCCACCUACUGGUCCAAGGCAUUUUGGAAAGCAAGGAGGUACAACUUCCACAGCACAUCAACAUCAAACAGGACCUACAGGACCUACAUCACGUCAAGGUCCCUCUUCGACGUUGCGAGGUGCGGCGGCCACGACGGGAGCGGCUGUUCACUUGCAGCACCCGCAUCCGAUCGUGAUUCCAGGCAUACUAGGCGGUAGUGCUAGUGGUGCUGCUAUACUAUCUUCUACGCCUCAGGCAGGUUCGAUUCACUUCCCGAUGAUGCAGGGAGUUGGAGAUCGGAGCCACUUCCUCUGCUACGGAGCACCUUACGCAAUGUCGUUUGCGCGCGCGGGACAAGUGUCAGUAGGACCGAAUGGCAGGCCAGUCUUUGCGGCACCUGGUAUUAUUUCUUCUACUUGUUCAUUGCCAAGAGAAAUAAGUACAUUGACUUUUCAUUAUUUCGGUGUAGCUGUUGCUGGUACUUUGAUAGUCAUCUAAUUCCUUCAUUAUAAGUAGUUAUAGAUUAAAUUUCUGACGAGAAGUACGCUAUUUUUAGAAGUCAUGACAAAUUUCAAUUUCAUUUUCUUCUGUCCAUCCACAACAACAGUUGCCUCUGACGGCCAAGCUGGCGGCCCAACUCAUGUAGUGAUGGUAGCAGCUGACAAUAGGUCUCUCCUUGGGGGUCAGAAUAGAGAAACCGCGCCACCACCUUUCUACCCUGACACGGAAGAAGCGCUUGAUGCCGAGUUGCACGAUUUUCUAGAGGAAAUCAAGAUGUCUCGUAGGGAGAAGGUGGCAAGACGAAAGUGGGUCUCGAAACUGGAAGCAUUGGUGAGGGAAAGGAUGGACCCGGAAGUCAAGGUACUCAAGCUGUACAGCUCAUGUCUUUGUUCUUCAGACUCGAAAACUGAAAGUCAACGAGUAGCUAACUGAAACAACUGAGUAUCCGAGAAGAUCAAGAUUACUCUCUUAAGUUACUCGCUUAUUUCAGUUUUUCGAAUACUAACUUUGGUGGAGUGCGAUGUAGUUUCUUUCGUUUGAUUCCUUGAGGCUAUCAAAAAGAACAGAACAUUAUGAUCAUAUGCAGCCUCUAAUUAAAAGAUCUUACACCCCGUGAGUGGGUACAUCUAUCUAUCUAUCAAUCUAUCUAUCUAUCUAUCUAACGACUUCCAUGUUUCAUCAUCUCAGCUUCACCCACUCCAAUCUCCUCAGGUCUCGCUCUUCGGUUCGAUGGCUUCUGAUCUGGCCUUGUACUCUGCUGACGUGGAUAUGUGCGUGACCUUCAGCAAAGACGCUCUCGACAACGUGAAAAAACGAAAACGCUCUUGGUCUAGUGACGACCACAGCAAAGAUGCAGGAGGAAGUGCUUCGCCAGCACCGUCUAGUUAUACAACGCCGUCAUUAUCGGAGGAACCAGAGGUUACUCCGGUUGUAGAUAAUAGCGGUGGAGCUGCUGCUAUAGAGGACAAGAAGGAGAAAGAUGAGACAACUUCAUCUUCUAGUAGUACCGAUCAAGAAGCUGUUGCUUCAUUAGGUAUUAAGGAAUCAGCAGAGAUGACGAUGAGGAGUUCGACGUCAACGACCGCUAGAGGUGCGUCCUCUUCAUCAGCAAGCUCUUCUUCAGCAGAAGCAGGCGAGGUCGUCGCGGAGAAAAAGGACGAAGUAGUUGUACCAAGUCAAGAUCCAGAGAACAAGGAACAAGAGGAGGGACCACCGACCACUAAGAAGACCAAAAAGUCAGCCGCUAACGCCCAGAAGAAGAAUAGUGCUGAAAAUGGAGAGCAAGAUGGGGACCACAAUCCGAAGCUGGAAGCUGCGACGACUGCAAUGCUGAUGAAGGUGAUGAAACGCGAGAUCGAAAAAGCCAUGGGCCCGAAGGAGAUCGCCUUUAUGCAACAGAUCAAUACUGCGACCAUGCCAGUCAUGAAAAUCCACACGACUACUGGAAUCGCGACGGACAUUGUCUUCAAUUCCGAGGGUGUGCGGUCAACGAACUGGAUUCGGCGGGAGAUGGAGGUAUUCACAUGCGGGUACAAGUUGUUCAGAGACCAACGACGGCAAUUUCUUCUGGAGAAUGGAGUGAGCAACACCGUAGGAGACGGCGCACGACUCGGCGAAAGUGGUCAGCUAUCGUUGGGAGAAGACCUUGCAGUAGGAGAUUCUAGUAGUACGGUCGCAAAAGAUAAAGAGUCUCCAACAUUUGAUGGAGGAUUGUCAACCUCAACACAGCAGCAGCAGCAGGAGCAUGUUCCUUUUGUUGGCACGUCAGGAGAUAAUUCUGCCCCAACAGCAGGUGAUCCAUACGCGGCAACCAGGACAGGCAUCAUCAGGCCCUACACGAAAUGGCGACUUGGCGGUCGAGGCUGCGCUUCAGGAGAAUAUGACGACGCGUCUGAUGCAGAGCAGAAGAAUGACGUCAAAACCGAAGGAGCAGCACCAUUGAAUCAAGCAGAAAAGAUUGAUCAAGCAGCCAUUGUUGAAGCAGAGAACACUUCUUCUUCGUCCCUCGUUGUACAAGAAACACCAGAUGAGCUACAGGCAGGAGGAGUGGAACCUCUGGAGGUGGAGAAAAAUCCGUCUCUGGGAAGCCCUCUUGCUGAUGCGUUAAAGAUGGGCGCGGUUGGAGAGCAGAAGAUCACAGUGCUCCGACGCCCAUCUUCUCACACUGGCGGCAAUAGUUCUUUCAGUAAUUCCAGUAGCAGCACUACUCUUGGAGAGACAGCGUCUGCAUCGGGCAGUGCUAGCGGUAGCUCCAACAUUUGUGAACUUGUACUAGAUCAUUUAGUUCCUGUUCCCUCGUCAGCACAAGGUGGUGAUGUUCUCGAGAAGUCCGAUGCAAAACCAGAUGGAGUUGCAGGAGCUGCAGUUUUCUCAAGCGCUUGUUUUGGCACUUCUACCCCUUCUACAACUGCUGCAUCUUCUUCCAUCGUUCUUGGGGAGCUUCCUGCGAAGAUCAUCUUGCGAAAAAAUUCUAGUGCAGAAAGUCAGGAAAAGGAAAUGAAUCUACUUCCUGUAGGUGAGCAGCAGCAAUGUACGCCUACGCCUUCUUCUUCAUCAGCUUCUGCCACUCCUGGAGACGCAACGAUCAAACUAGGCUUAACCAAUGUUGUGAGCAACGUGACUAGUUCUGUCUUGCACGAUCUCGGUCAUCUAGGAGGUUCGCCUACUCACGGUCUUCGUAGUUCUUCUUCCUCUUCUUGUUCGACUCCAGAGCGCCCAAGAAACAUUGCUCGACAGCUAGUUUUGUUCACAAAAUUCCUGUUGAACUGGCACAACCUGCACGAAACCUUCAGUGGUGGUUGUGGGUCGUUUUUGCUAGGCAUUUUAGUGGUGCACUUUUUGCGCGAGCGUGUACAUGCGAGCGCCAAGUUGCGAGGAGCGCAAGGCGCAGCAACGUCUCACAGUGCGACGGCGUCCGCCUGCAUGUCCGAACCAGGUAGCGGGAUACUAGCUCUCUCAGCUACUAGCGGAACUGGAAUGCUACAAAAAGUUCAAAAGUCACUGAUUGCAGAACAGCCAUCGCCGAUCGAGUCAGAACAAGCUAUAGCUGAUGUCAACGUGAGAAAGGACGAUGAUGUGAGAGAACAAGCUAAUGGUAAUGCCACCAGCAGCUCUUCUUCAUCUUAUAGUAAUGUAGCGGAUGGACUACAGCAGGACAAGUCUUCUGUCGCUAAAACAUCCGCGUCGAACACGGUCACAACCCUUGCUGCGACCAGCACAGGAUCUCCUACUCCUGGUGUAGAACAGGUUGAAGCUGGAUCUGGAGUGGUCACAAGCUCGUCUGCAUCGUCAUCCGCUAGCUCCUCCUCUAGCUCAUCUUCACGUGAUCGAUAUCACUCUAGUAGUACAGCUCCUACUCUUACAACUGCGACUGGGAACACGAACACCAUGGAAAAACCGUUCCAGGAUAUGCAAGAAGAUGUCCUGAAUUUGAAUUUGGGCGUUGUUGGUGGUGGACAACUCCGCUUCGAUUUGCCCUCACCCGUAGAAGGACUUGGUAAUAGGCAAGGGAUGCAACUACAUCAUUCAUCCUCAUCGCCUACUUCUACUAGGACCGGAAAGGCUAGAGCAGCCAAAAACAACAGCCCGGUGAAAGGGGCAACUUCGUCCCGUCCUCCAGCUGCGGGUUGUAGAAUGCAUGCCCGUGGCUGUUCCAGCAUCAAUUCCAGUCCGACUGUGGGUGGAUGCGGGGCGUCGUCCGUUGCUAGCGGGUUGGCGGAAGACUACGUGCAAAGGCAAAACGAGUACGCGUCGCUGUUUGAGAAUGUCACAACUUUGAGGUUAUUGCUAGAGUUUUUCACGUACUACAGUCGCUAUGCGUCAACGGUGCCAAUCGAGAUUCAAAUGCCGUCGAAAAAGAAACUCAAACGAGCCAAACUAGAGAAGGACCAAGGGUCAGAAUGGUAUACUAUAACACAACUGUAACGCAUCAUCUUAGAAGUGAAAACAACUGUUGUGUAAGCGCAAGUGUUUACAUACCGUAAGGGAUUGAAGAUGAGUUUGACAUUUUGUUAGACGACAUGGAUUUCGAUGUUGAUGAUAGAUAAAUCUUUUUGAUAAAAUGGAUCGUAUACUUCUCAUCGGAGACUUGUUGUUGCUCUAACGGUAUCUUUCUUCUAUCAUUGACAUUGAUUUAUUACACCGCUAAACAAUCAAAUCAGGGGUCGUACAACUGCGGUUUCUUCUCCUGCACUCAACAAGAACACUGGAGUAACAACUACGCCAGCGGGUUUAUCUGGCUAUUUGUCCGUCAUUUCUCCUGUCGAUGGUGUCACGGAUUUGGGUGCCAAGUGCUUCCGGUGGACUCAGAUAAAGACUCUCUUCGCCCAUUGCGCAGCUACGAUUCGAGAAGCCUUAGCGUCCGCGCCUCACAUCAAAGGCAGUCUCGCGGAAGCGUCGAUUAUCGCCAGCAUUUUCCCGGAGAUGGAACUGCGGAGAACCUUAGACUGUCGCUCAAGCAGUCAUGUAAAGCCUGCGUUGGGAGGCAAUUCCUCGAACAAGAAGAAUCGUGGAGGAGGUGGAGGAAAUGCAAGAGGCUCGUCACCGGCUAAAAGUGGUUCUAAGACCGGUUCUAAGACUCAGCAAGCGACAUUGGCGACAGUAGGCGGCCCUCUGACGACUGGCAGUGAGCAAUUCUUCAGAGGAUUCGUUUCAUCCAAAGAGACGCGGAAUUCCUCAACACAAGGAGUCGCGACAUCAAAAAAGCAGAUGCAGACAUCAGGCGGAGCCUCUUCAGCGAACAAAGGACAAGGGAAGCAGCAAGGGGGUCAGCAAGGAGGUGGUCCUAAGAUGAAGAACGCAAAGCAGACGCCGAAGCAAACCCCCAAACAACCGGGAACUCAUCCAAACAAGCUCCAAAGUUGUGGAGGGGAUCUUUCAUCUUUGCCUCCUGCUCUUCCUUCCUCGUCUAGUUCUACUUCAGCACAGGCGAAGGCCAAAGCUGCUUCAGCUUCAGAGAACAACAAGAAGAAGGCAGCUACUCCAUCUUCAUCAACAUCGAAAGAUCAACUAGCCGCGGAACAGAAAACUAGAACUACAACUUCUUCAUCUUCUCUCUCUUCGGCAUCGGCUUCUCAGCCUCAGGGUGGUGCAAACACUUCUGCCUCUUGCAAUCUAGGAGGUGCAAUUUCUACAAACAACACCAACGGAAACACUGAGGAUCUUCAACAAGAUCUAUUGUUCGUAGAGACUCCGACUUCAGAGCAGAUGAUGGGUUCUGUGGCUUCAAAUGCCUCAACCCCAAAUCCAGGUAGAGAAUCCACUUCCAGCAGCAAAAGUUCCAAAAGAAGCCAUGUCAACAGCUGUCUUAACCUGGCUCCUGCAUCAACGACGGGAGUACUAAAGGCGCCUAAGAGAGCUACCUGGGUAAGGAAGAACAGCCGAAACUUCUCUGAUAGCGGUAGGAGCUCAUCGAAAGACGCUGCUAGUAACUUUGGAGGUACUUCUAGUGAAGCAGAGCAGACUGUACAACCUGUGGAGCCAACUUCUAUACAACCUGGUGUAGUGGGAACAACAAGUACUUCUAGUUCAGCAACUCCCCUUGUGUCCAGACGGAAGGAUAGCAGUGGUAGCAAAACUGGAAGCAACCACAAGAGAGACUGUAAGCAAAACUGUAGCAAAACUGGUAGCAACUGUAAAGCUCCUUCUCCUAGCGAAAGUCCAGUUAAUCCUGGAAGUGGGAAGCCGAAGAUCAAAAAAUUUCAUCACCAAGGUGGUGAGGACAAAACGUACUUACUUUUUUUAUAUCAGAUGUAAAUACUUUUGUUUAACAUGAUGAAGAUCAAUUAGUCGCAGUACUACUAUCCAAUAGUUUUCCGAUUUAAUUUCCGUAUGCAUUCCACCAAUCGAAUUUCCGUGCGCACCAUUCCAUUCUUUAUUCUUUUAUCUAUCUAGACUAACUUCAUCAUCUAUCAAUCUCCAUACAGGUCUCCGUCUGGAGGGUCUCCGAAGUCGGGAUUGAAGUAACGCCAGGAUGUGGGACGCCGAAAAUGCUUGAACAAAGAUAGAUGAAGUGCUUUUUUCUUACAUGAAGUGUAUGUCUGUCUUGAAGAGUGCAAUCGAGUUCGAGAUGAUUGAUUAUUCCUGUCAGUUCUAGGAUGAAAAUUCACUAGAGAUUCAUUACUGAGUGUGUUUUUUGAUUCUCAAAGUCAAAGAUGGUGGUGGUCUCAAAGAUAGAUAACCUAAAGGUGGUGGUCUAAAAAGUGACCUUUUCAACCCUUAUGAAUUUGUGAUGUUGUUCCUUAUUAAAUUGUGAUGUUUUGUCGUGUACGACGCUAUCAACAAAACUUGUAUGAAGUUCUAAUUGUAUUUUUUAGCUACUUACUUUGUUCAGUAUGAUGUUCACAAGUAGAAUGAAACUGCAACAAGACACGAGGCUGAAAGAAAGUAUCAAUGAUAUAUAAUGUCUUUCUUGUACAAAACAAUUUCAACAAAAGGGAAAGUCUGCAGAUGAAGUCACUCCAGAUGCCAAAGCUUUCCCGUAGUGUGCUAACGGUAUGCUGUGUUGCGUACUAGCUAUUAUCAUGUUGUAACAAUGUCGCUAUGUUGUCUUUUUCCAUUUACACCUUCGUUCUAGUAUUGCAAGCCGAUUUGAUGUCCUUAUAAUCGCAAGUUUUGACCCUUCUGAAAGUGAAACACCUCAUAAACAAAGACCUAAAGCACUGAUGUUCGUGCUGCUACUAGCUCCUAUUAUACUUCUCAUCAAGAUUGUGCUCGUUGUCGUUCCCGUGAUCGUCUUACCGAAGAAAGCCACCUCAGAAAAUAUACAUAGAGUAAAAGGAUUUAUGUAUAAGAAUUUAUGUUAUUUAAGGUCGUCUAUCAUGUUGUGGUGAAAAAUGUUUUCGUUGUUAUUGCCUAAGUUGGCUCCUAAUUACUAUCCUCGUGAUCAUUUCCUUAUCAAAAUUUCAAAAAAUAAGCAGAGCUUCAUCCACGUAAGGCUCGCAACGCUGAUUAAAGAGCCGCGUCUUUGACUUGACGUUUUCAUAGAAGGCGGUCGCUACCCACUACGAUUGGAUCGAAAUUCUACAGAAGGACCUUCAUAUAGAAGAUAUUUUACUAGGUUCUCAUAGAAGAUGAUCUUAUGAUACAGCAAUCUAGAAAAUGCUUCAUACAGUCUAGAAAAUGCAUAGAGGGUAGUUUAUAUUCUCAUUCUUAUUGAUUCAUCGAGUAUAAAGAGCAUCCUUACACGCUGUUCAUCGUGACCUUCUCGAGACCACCCUAAGGUAAGUUAUAUGAUCGAUCUAAAUCGAAUCUAUCACAUGAAUCAGUCGUGGUGGUGUCGCGAGGACAAACAACUACAAGAACAUACAAAGAUUGUAUUGAAAAGCCCAUACUAUAACAUGAUGAAGGUUUCCGAUUGAACACACAGAUCAGAAAAAUGUAAGAAGUGAGUGUACCCGAUCACAUCUAUUGUCAACAAGAACAUGAAAAUUCUUAUUAUACAUAGAAGUACGACUAGCACUACAGGUUUACUAGUAAGCCUGUGAAGAAGAAAAGUAACAACGCUGGAGCCCAUAAUCUAUGCGUUUCUUUGAUUGAUACUAGAUGAUAGCUUGUUACUGUCCUGACAGCUUCGUCUAGAAGCAGAUCUAGAUGGCCGAACGCAACAAAAACCUCCUAGAGACCGUGUGGGUAACAGUUGCCGCCAUUGACAUCAUGAUCCCUAUCUAGAAGCUGCCAUCACAUCUAGAAGCUGCCAUCACAUCUAGAAGUUAUAGUUACAACUUAGCCGUGUAAAAUUGGCGGCAUAUCCUUUGAAACUAUAGUUGGGCCGGAGGCUUCAAACAACGAACAUCCACCUCCUCUAGAAGUAGACUGUUGAAUUGAUCUGUGCUAUCUGUUGAGCACAACGUGCUCAUUUGUAUCCCUAGUACAACUCUUUCUAUUAUCCGAUGAGAAGAACAGUAGAACGAUUACGAUAUUGAAAUCGAUGUCAUGAAAAAGAUGAUCAGUGAUAUGUCGAACGACCUAAGGGGAGGGUCUACUUAUUUUACGAACGACAACGAACAUCCAACAUGUGAUUUGUGAGAACUACGUCCCCGAUUCUUGACACCUAUGAUAUUGAGGCUCGUGACCACGAGCAAGCAGCUUCUCUCAAGCCCACGGAGUGAGACGGCCUGACUUUGUGGGA